CAUUUUGGUGUAGCCCGGCAACAUCUAGCACUGUGGGCAUGCUGCCGCCCCGAAACUCGUGAACGUGAAUGAAAAAUGCCUUGUUUUAACUUGGCCGGCACGUCGGCGUCGGUCAUUUGUAUUUUGUAUUUGGACGCAGGGAGAAGGACACGGGAACAAGCGACGAAGCGUGCGAACGGAGUGGAGCGGCUAUUUUAGCUUUUAGCGCCCUUUUUUGUUUCAUUUUCUUACAUACUAAACAAAAAAAAAAACCAAAAUCCAAACGGCAAAAUCAACCUCACAAAUUUUUGGACAAAAUUCUCGGCAAAUUAAAGAAAAACUAAAACUCUAUUUCGGACUUAAACCAAAACCAAAAACAAAGAACCUUAAAAAGUUUAUAAUAAUUCCAAGUGUUUAUAUUGUGUUUGUAAACAAUUUUUUUAUGUUCAUUUCCCCGAAAAGAAUAAUGACAAACCAAAAAGUGAUCUUGUGGUAAAUGUAAUAAAGAGCGUCGUCGUCGUCGUGUCGUCGGAGAUCGCAGAAUCGGAGAUCUCUCGCAGUCACUCGCCGCAGAAACCAGCCAAGAAUCAGGCGAGCAAAAGAGGCAGCAGCGAAAGAGACGUCGCACUGAACACGCUCAUUCUCUUGCACACAAAAUACAAAAUUCAAAAUUUGCAUAGCACAGUGAGGCGGCCGCACCGAGCAAAAGUUUGAAACCAUUUUUUGUUGUUUCCUUCCGUUCAUUUUUACCCGCACCCCAUUCUGUUGAUUUGUGUUAAGAAAGCAGCAGACAAGCAGUAGAAGAAGCAGAGGAGUAUCACCAGCAGCAGGAGAGCAUACAGGCGCAUAAAAGUAAGCACAAACCCGAAAGAGGAGCCACAUGGAGAAGCUGCACAGUUGAAUUUCUUUUUUUUCGAGUGGUGUGAAAGAAUCGGAAGCCAAGCUAAAAGAAAAAAACAUUUUUCGAAUUUCCAAAUACAACAAAUGAAAACCAAAAAUUAAUUAAAACAAAAAAUAACAAAUAAAACGAACGGUAAAACAAAAAGCCAACGAAAAGCAACAAAAAAGAAAACAAAAUCUAAAGAAGAGAAGGAGAAGGAAAAGAGGCGAGCGCGGAUGCAAGCCUAGGCCCGAUACGCACAAGAAGAAGCAGGAGUGUUAAAGCAGUUGGAAGGAAGCAGUUCAAGCAGCAGCACGCACCUCCAGGAAGAGCGGCCACAUGAGCAGCACACGCAGCCGCAGCCCAAGCAGUAGAAGCAGCAGCAGACACAACAGCAACAGCACGAGCACGAGCGAUACGCCGUUGACUUAUGUAGCGGUACAUGGCGAGCAUAAAAAGUGAAAUGCCGCCACUGCAUGCGGCAGAGGCUCUGGCCUCAAGCAGUGCCACAGACAGCGGCGGCGGAGGAGGAGGAGGGACAGCAGUUGGCAGCGGCGGCAGUGGUGGUGCUGGGACAGGAGCAGCCGGCGGCGGUGUCAACAGUGCCCCGGCAACCCCAAAUGCCACAAUAAGCGCCGCAGCCGAUUCCAGUGAUAACCAGCCCGGCACACCGCAGCCACCCCAGCAGCAGCAGCCCCAGGGACAACAGCAGCAGCAACAGCAACCACAGCAGCAGCAACAAGCGCAGCAGCAGAGCAUGGCCACGGAUCCACAGGUAACGGGCAUUACCCACCAGCCCUAUGCCACACAUCACAUGUACUCCGCCAGUGGCCAGCCCCAACAGCAACAGCAGCAACAACAACAGCAGCAGCAACAGCUGUACGGCGGCCUAUACGGCGGUGAAAUGCAGCAGCAGAGCUACGCCAGCAGCUACAUCAACAGCUACGAGCAGUUCUACCAGCAGCAACAGCAACAGCAGCAGCAGAGCAGCGACUACAGCUUUGGAAGUGGACUGGUGGGCGGCGGCGACUACGGCAAGCAUGCGGCACAGAGCUCAGGGGUGCGGUACCAUCCGUACCUGCAGACGCCAACAUCGGCCCUACCCAGCGCCGCGGAGGAGGCGGUGAGUGCUCCCAGCGCCGUGAGCACCACCACAUCGGCGAUGAGUCCGCGCGUCGUCAGCAGCAGCAGUCCCACAUCGACCUCCUCGCACCUCCAGCUGGGUGGACCACCCGGUUCCCCCAACGGAGCCGGCGGCGGAGGGGGCUGCAAGUUGCAGUGCAAGAAGUGCGGCAUCCUCACCACCAACGAACAGGAGCUGCAGGAGCACAUCGCCAACGUGCACGGCGAGUCGCCGUACGGGAGCAGCGGGUACGCCAGCUCGCCGUACAUCAAGGAGGAGAUGCCCACCCCUCAGCCACCGGGCGGAUCCAAUCCCGGAGAGCUGCUCGACCUCGACUCCCAGAAGAUGGUCUACCACCAGCAGCUGCUUCAGCAGCAGCAGCAGCAGCAACAACAGCACCAGCACGAGGCUGUCGUCGCCGGCCUGCCUCUGUCGCUGCCCGAUCCCCUCCACUCCAUGCAGUCCAUGCAGCAGCGCGCCCUCCACAGCUGGGAGCAGCCUCAGACGGGAGUGGGAGUCGAGGGACUGCCCCCCUACAUGCAGCAGCAGCCGGGACUCGGCCUCGGCCUUGGCGUCGGUCUGGGCGUCGGCGUGGACAAGUCGCCGUACUACUCGCCCAAGCAGUCGCCCUACCACCAGGCGGGCGGAGGAGUCGGCGUCGGAGCUACCCUCAUCAAGCAGGAGUACGGAGGACACGGGCUGAUCAAGUCCGAGUACCCUGACUCGCAGCACUACGUGGACAAGUCAUUCGAUCCGACGGCUGGCAGCGGCGGAGGCGUCGAUCUGUGUGCCAAUGUGGCCACCAGUCCGGCCGAGUUCCCCAGCACAACGACGGGCGGACCGGGCCAGGAUGGCGCCCCGCCAGCAGUGGCCGUGGGCCAGCAGGCCGCUUAUCGCGGCUUCGAGCCACCCAGCUCUAGCUCCGUGCUGCCGGCCAACAGCCUUACGGCCAAGGCGGCCACCUGGAAGUCGAAUGAGGCGCGCAGGCCCAAGACCUACAACUGCACGGCCUGCAACAAGUGGUUCACCAGCUCCGGACACCUGAAGCGCCACUACAACACGACGCUGCACAAGAACGCGGUCAAGUCGAGCGGCCAGCCAGAUCCGGCCACGCUGCCCAUCUCGGCGCACCAUCAUCCGUCGCGCGAUCCCGUAACGAAGCCCAGUCGGCGCGGAAAUGCCGCCGCCGCAGCUGCGGCCGCUGCUGCAGCUGCCGCGGCCGCUUCGGCGGUGCCGCAAGUGCAGCCACCACCGCCGGCCAACGUGCAACCACCGGAGCCGCCUAGAAGUCCGCCCGACUAUGGCGGCGGAGGCGGGGUGGGAGCGGUGGGCGGCGCUGCCAUGUCCCAGUACUCGGCCUCGCCAUCGCCCACCACGCAGCAGCAGCACCACCAACACCAGCUCCAGCAGCAGCAGCAGGCCAACGGCAACGGGUAUCCGGGCAACGGCGGCGCCAAUGGCUACGGCUACGGCAUGCAGCAACAAGUGCAAUCCACGACAAACGCUUCACCACAGCACGCUUCCAGUCAUCAGCAGCAGCAGCAUCCGCAUUCGCAUUCGCAGCAGCAUCUCCAACAGCAGCAGCAACAGCAGCAGCAGCAGCAGCAGCAGCAGCAUAGCAGCAGCAACAACAACAACUCCGUUUUGAACGGUCACCCAAACGGGCUAGCAGGUCCCUCCGCCCCACUCAACACCAACAACAACAACAUCACACAAAUGCCGUCCUCCCAAAUGAGGGGCCUGCUGAACGAAACAACAACAACCACCACCCCCAAAACCACCCCAACAACAACAGCCACAAUGCCAAUGGAAACGGAAGCAAUGGCAGCUAUAAAGAUCGAACAUCUGGAGGACAGCAAUCACACCCACAACAGCCACAACAGUCGCAGCAGCAGCAGCAGCUUAAUGGCCAUGGAGGAGGAGCAGGAUCAGGAGCGGGCAGUAGAUCACCUACAGCAGCAGCAGCAGCAGCAGCAGCAGCAGCUGGAGCAGCAGGAACAGCAGCAGCAGGUCAGCUAUCUGCUGGCAUCGGCAUCGGCGGCAUCUCGUCCCUACAGCUCCAACAGCAACAGCAGCAGCAGCAACACUCCCAACACGGCGGUCAGCAGCAGCAGCAACACCAGCAGCAUCAGCAGCAGCAACAGCAGACUCUCGCCCCUUACUAUCUACCAUCUUCAGCAGCAGCCGCCGCUGCGGCAGGAGCAGCAGCAGCAGCAGGCAAUGGAUUUCUCGCGCACCACCCCGCCGCCGCAGCCGCUGCCGCCUAUGGGAAUGGGCCAGCCGCAGCAGUCGCUGCUGCCGCCUAUGGGAAUGGACUACAACAUGCUGGCUUUGGAUAUGCCCAUGCCCAUGCACAUGCCCAUGCCCAGCAGUAUGCUGCAGUGCAGCAGCACCAGCACCACGCCGCUAGCUACUAUCACCACCACCAGUAUGGACACUAUGCAGCAGCAGCCGCAGCAGCUGGUGCACCAUUACCAGGCGCUGCUCCACCCCCACCACCAACAUCAGCAGCAGCAGCAGCAGCAGUUGGAGGAGCAUCGGCAGCAGCAGCAGGAGGAGGAACAACAACAGCAGCAGGAGGAGCAUCAUCACCAGCACCUGCAGCAGCAGCAGCAUCAGCAGCAGGAUCCGGGGGCACUAAUCCUGCCGCAGGACAAUAUGCCACACAGCAGCAGUUCGCCGGGCACCAGCAGCUCUCCGCCGCCGCUGCAGCAGCAGCAGCAGCACACGCUCACCCACACCACCCUCACCAUGCCCAUGCCCAUGCCGCCCACCAUGCACAUGCCCAUCACCACCACAGCGCCGCAGCUGCAGCCGCUGCAGCUGCAGCCGCCGCCGCUGCACAUCACCAGCACCAUGCCCAUGCCGCACACCAUGCACAUGCCCAUCAUGCCGCCGCCGCCGCCAUGCUACCAGCAGCUGCAGCCGCUGGAUCCCACAACGAGCUAUCACACUAUUAUUGGUAGUUCCGGCGUCGAGUCUGGCUACACCACGAAUGGGCAUCCCCACCAGAUCACGACCAGCGACGGCCAGGUCUUGCAGCUGAUGCCCGCCUCCCUGUUUGCCCCCUAUGCCCCGCUCUCGCCCUACUCGACGGUGGCGGCCCAGCGAUCGCCACAGGAGGGGGACCUGCCGCCGGUGCACACCCUGACGACGGCCCUCCAGGCCCACGCCCAGGCACAGCAGGAGCAGGCGCACACGCCCACGCUUACGGUGCUCAGCACCCCCUACUCCCCCACGGUGAGCAGCUCGCGGGCCACGCCCGCUUUGGAGCUGGACAUGGCCAGCCUGCUGCAGCAGCAACAGCAGCAGCAGGACUACGAGCUGGAGCAGUACCAGCAUCAGAUUCAGCAGCAUCAGAUCGACCAGCUCCAGCAGCACCAUCACCACCAACAGAUGGAGCAGCAGGCCCUGGAACAACAGCAACAGCAUCAACAGCAGCAGCAGCAGCAGCAGCAGAUCCAACUUGUGCAGGUGGAGCAGCAACAGCAACCGACGCAAACGGUGGCACAGUCGGUGCCCAAAAAGCGGAGAGCAACGGCCGCUGCCACACCAUCCACGACGAAGCGGCGACGCAACAGCAGCGUGGGAUCGACAUCGCCGCACUCGACAACGCUGCCCUCGGGGCGGAUCAAGUGUCUGGAGUGCGACAAGGAGUUCACCAAGAACUGCUACCUCACGCAGCACAACAAGAGCUUCCACUCCGGUGAGUACCCGUUCCGCUGCCAGAAGUGCGGCAAGCGCUUCCAGAGCGAGGACGUUUACACGACACACCUGGGCCGGCACCGUACCCAGGACAAGCCGCACAAGUGCGAGCUCUGUCCGAAGCAGUUCCAUCACAAGACCGAUCUGCGGCGCCACGUGGAGGCCAUCCACACGGGGCUCAAGCAGCAUAUGUGCGACAUUUGCGAGAAGGGCUUCUGUCGCAAGGAUCACCUGCGCAAGCACCUCGAGACCCACAAUCGACCCCGGGUUGUGGGCAAGAAAUCUGCUGCCGCCGCAGCCGCAGCCGCCGCCGUUGUGGCAGCCGCUGCUGCUGCAGCAGCCUCGCAGUCGGAACAGCAGCAGCAACAGUUGGUGACUACUGUUGUAUCCACCCUUCCUGCCUCUGCCCCGUCCAUUAAUCCCAUUAAGGCGGCCUUUGCCCGCUCCCUGACGAUGACGGCCGUGUCGUCGUUGUCGCCCAGGAGCACUCCCAACUCCAAUCCCCAUCUGAAUCCCGGUCUCAGUCUUAAUCUGAAGCGAUCCAUCGACGAUGUGGCCGCCGACGAUGACAGCCUGCUGGAGGACGAUGAGGAUGAGGAGGAGGGGGAGGAGGAGCUGCUGCUGGACGAGGCUGAGGAGGAUCAGAUGGUGGAGCAAAUGGAGGCGCAGCAAAUCCUGUUGGUCACAGCCGCCGCAGAGGACAGCCACCAUCUGCUGAUCAAAGACGAGUUUCCCGACGAGGAGUACGAGAUGAUUGAGAAAGAUAUUGAAUUGUAUUAAUAGGGUCAGGGAUCAAAGAUCAGGGAUCACGGAUCAGGGACUAGGAUCAGAUCGGAUUUGUGGGCUUAUUAAGUUGUGAAAUGCUCUGAGCCUUGUGGCAAAGAAAGAGAGACAGUUUGACCCGCACUGCAGUUGAGGGCCAGCCAAGUGAUUGACAUGAGCACUGCUUCCAAGUGGUACAGUGUCGAGUGAUUUCCGCUCCGAGCAGUCCCAUACAGCUGCACUGCAGUCCAAGCAAGCAGUCCACCGACCCACAGUUUGAGUGUCACUAUACAAUGUCAUACUUAAACAUGAUUUUGUGCUUAAAAUGUCAUAUAAUUCGCGCAUUGAUUUAGUUUUCAAAUUAAGAAAACAUAUUUUAUUGCCUGGCAGGCAAUAAUUUGCUGUUUUUAAAAGUAUUUUUUAUUUUUGUAACUUUGAUUUUGAUCACCAAAGCCGCAGCAUUUCAAUGACUUGACUGCCACUCCUUAGGCUGUUCUCCCCCCAACAAAUCCAACCCAUUAAACACUCCAGAAUUCCACAAUUCAUUCCUGUAAUUAGAGAUUGCCAUAUAUAUAGAGAAAAGUAUCUCUCCAGAGAAAAGGUACGAAGAAAACGAAAUGCAGAGAAAAGCAAGAGAAUUCCUAAUUGUUGUAGCAGCAAAUUAUUUAAUUUUACUCGUAUGUUAAAUGUUGUAUUAUUAUUUGUACUCUAAUUACGCCCUAUGCCCUAUUUUAAUUUGUAAUUUUAAAAAACUUUUAAUUUGUAUGUGAAAUGAUAAACAAAAACAAACACCUCCAAGUAUACCUCAGCAACACAGCAGCAAACACCGAAACGAAACGCUUAUACCAACAGGGCGCCCCGCGUAUAUGUGUAUAUACUCCCAACCAUAUACAUACAUACAUAGAAUAUAUAUAACUCUAUAUAUAUACAUACCAUAUGUAUAAAGCUUGGGAUAUUCGAAUUGUACUUAAUCUUAGAGCAUAUAUAUAUGUAUUUUUUUUCGAAUAGUAUUUUGUAAUGAUUGUUUUUUUUAAUAUGAUUUCUCUUUUGAGAGACAGAGACAGAAACAGAGCGCGAGGACGAGAGCAGAGGAGUAUAGAAAGAGAACCACAAAUGCCAUAUACACGAUAUGUACACUAAAAAGCAGAAACUAAAUGCCAAUUGAUAUAUAUACUAUAUCUAGAUACUAGACAUACAUAUCCAUGUGUAUUUGUUAGCCUUAAAAACGCCAAAUGCGAUAAAUCAGGGAUAUUAUACCAUAUAGAGACACAUACACACACACACACACACACACAAACAAACAAACACGCGUAUAUAUAUAGUAUAUAUACAUAUAUAAACCUAUACAUAAACCUAUAUAUUUAUUACGUUUAGUUGCCCCUAAUUUAUGUUCCACGAAUAAAUCCAUUUGUAAUUAUUUAAA